AUGGGAAGUAUCUCCGCUGCCGUCGGUCGCUUUAUGCCUAUAGUUGUGUGUUUAUUGGUAGGAUACACGUAUUACGUAUUUGUAUUUCGAAUAUGCGUGAAGCCAUUAUUGAAGACGGAAAAAAAGAUAGGGCAGACUGUCACAUACUUGGCGAUUGUCGACAUUCUGCUUGUAAUGGUCUUAUCAUCGUAUAUUAGAAUCGUUAUUCAGAAACCAGGAUCGCCUGCACAGCCUCCUAAACCAACGGCGCCAUCAAAUUCAAUGCCUGUGUAUGCGCCAAGCGGUUCCACGUCAUCUACUACGACUGUCUCAUCACCAAGUACACCAUCAACAGCAUCCACGAGAGUUGCGACAUAUCCGUCUGGUCCGAUUUCGACUUCUGAUCAGUUAAGGCCAAUGGAGAAUGCAUACAUAAAAGACGCCACAACGGCAACGUCUGGUACAUCUGAGACACUGAUGGGAUCCACAUCUGUAAGUAAUCAGCAGACACGUGUUAUGAUUCCUAUGCCUAGCACAGUAAUAAGUAAGCGUGACGGCGGGUUGCGUUGGUGUGAUCGGUGCAAUUACGUGAAGCCUGAUCGAUGUCAUCAUUGCUCAGAAUGUGACAAAUGUGUAUUGAAGAUGGAUCAUCACUGCCCGUGGGUUAAUGGCUGUGUUGGUUACAAUAACUACAAGUUUUUCUUCUUAUUCGUACUCUACACUGCAUUAUAUUCUGAUUUCAUCUUUGCAGCGACAAUUGCUAUCGUAGCACAACAACUAUCAAAUAAGGAGGACUUGGAUAUCCAGUGGAUAAUACUUCUUAUUCUGUUAUUUGACGCCAACAAUCCGCUUGGCUAUGGGGUAGCAACCACACGCCAAGGAGAGAAUAUCUGGGACCUUGGCUGGAGUGACAACUGGAAAAGUGUUAUGGGCACGAAAUGGUGGUUGUGGUUUUUACCGUUCGGAUCUCCACCAGGUGAUGGUCUUGUAUACCCAUACAAUCCACCGAUUCGUGAUAGACUUAUUGAAGAAGCACGAACCAACGCACAAAUUAAUGAGGAUAGAAUAGCAUUCAGAAUGCAGCAAUCACAAAUUCCAAGAUUACAAACAUGA